CACCAUUGUGAUACAAAAAACUACAAUUCCCAGCUUCCGCGGCGUCGUGACGUCAGAGUCUACGUAACGGGCAGCUCCCCGGAUGCGGCUGUGAUUGACCAUCCCAGGCAGAGGCGAUCGCUUGCUAAGUGGCGGUGCUGCAGCCCCAGUGGUCGUUGGCAGGAUGCAGACCAUAAAGUGUGUGGUUGUUGGCGAUGGGGCAGUGGGGAAAACCUGCCUACUCAUCUCGUACACCACAAAUGCCUUCCCAGAAGAAUACAUUCCAACAGUGUUUGACAACUACAGCGCUCAGAUGAGCGUGGAUGGCCGCACUGUCAGCCUCAAUCUGUGGGACACAGCUGGCCAGGAGGAGUACGACCGCUUGCGUACUCUCUCCUAUCCCCAAACCAACGUAUUCAUCAUCUGCUUUUCCAUCGGCAGUCCCUCCUCUCACGCCAACGUCCGGCACAAAUGGCACCCGGAGGUGUCCCACCACUGCCCCAAUGUGCCCAUCCUGUUGGUGGGCACCAAGAGGGACCUGAGGGGCGACGUGGAGACGACCAAGAAGCUGAAGGAGCAAGGGUUGGCGCCCACGACCCAGCAACAGGGCAAUGCCCUCGCCAAGCAAAUCGGGGCUGUCAAAUACAUGGAGUGUUCCGCGCUGCUGCAGGAAGGCGUCCGGGAGGUGUUUGCAGAGGCGGUGAGAGCGGUGUUGUACCCCGUCACAAAAAAGAAUGCCAAGAAAUGCGUGCUUUUGUAAUGAGGAUUCCCGGAUUUGGAUUGCGGAGGGGUGCUAUUGGAGUUCCACGGAUGCAACGGAUGACUGAAAGCAGUCACUUCCUGGCUGCUUCCAAGCAGUUUUGACGUCUUUAUCAGCUCCUUAUUUAUCCUCAGGAGGACUUCACCCUAAUGCCAUCAUCACCAAAGUGACUGCCAGAAUGGGGGCGAGAAAAAACAAAGCAAAUCUCUUAUUUUGUCUUACAUUUAAAAUUUUGGUAUUUACACUUUCUUCACUUGUUACACAUGUUCUAGAUGUAUAGCUUUUCUGCUUCGCCUUGAUAAGAAUGCUGAUAAUGGUUGUCACAAGCCAUAAUUCCAUCUAAACCAAGCUGAACUGUUUGACUGGAGAGAUCUACUGUUGUUUAGGUGGAGAAAUAGUGACUACCUCAUACUCUUCACUUAGGUUUUUGCAUCUGGCGAGUGUCGAGCAACUGCUUUGUGACAUCUGCCGUUUAGUCGGCGAGUAGUAGCCGAGCAGAUUUUCAAUUUCAAGCAGCUUGAGUCCGGAGAAGGCGCGACAACCCCCAGACAAGGGCCAGUUCCCGGCGCAUCACCAGUUUGCGCGGAUUAGCGUUGAGCUCGCUGCUCAGUGUGGCGUGUUUGAGAUGUCCAUCCCGCCGCCCACGCAUGGAAGAGCCAGCGGGCCUUUUCAAGAUAAGCCCGUCUCAUUAAAAUCAGCCGACCAUGCGUCUUUUAAGCCAAAUUAAACCAAAUUGCAACUGACCGAAUAGGUUGUAUUGCAGCUCGUCUAUUUAAAAUAUGCCUCGGACUGACCUUGACACCUGAAACUCCUGAGAUGAACAUUCGGCAAGGUUUUCUUGAUUGAUUUUGGCAGAGUUAAGGAUUGUAUCGACAUGGGAAGAUUGUUCCGGGCUUCUGUUUGCCUAAAAAGAUGAAAGCUUCCCUGAGGCGUUGCCAUAAGUGGAGGUAUGCACAUAUUUAGCUCAACUUCCCAUAGUUGUUUCUUUGGACCGCAAACCAGUGACUCCACAGUGCCUCUGCUGGUCGCAGCCAAGUAGUGCACUCAGUUGCUUCAAUGACGCGAUUAAUCGAUUAUCGUGCUCCUCCCUCUUGGAAUCACAGACUGUAUUUUCAAAUCAGGAAAUGUUGAAUCGACUCAAACGGUUUUAAUCUACUAUGUGGCCAAAGUUGAAUAUAUUUUGUAAUAUCCUCUGUUUAUUAGAUUGUUAUUGUCAAUGAUCUCGCUCUCUCUUGCACCACAUUAAAUAUGACCACUGCAUAUUUGACCCAGUAUGUAUCCUGUAAUACUAGAACACGGUUUAACUGGCUCGUUCUAGUUCUUGUCUAUUUCUUUCCAUGUAUUUCGUUACAAAUAAUCCCCUUAUUGAAUAAGACAAAAAAAAAAAGCAGUCAUUGCUGUUGCUAAGUAUAUUUUUCUACAGCGUUUUAACUGUCCGGAUUGACGGAAGGGAGCCUUUUUGCCUAACCCCACAUGCCUUAUCCAAACCAAAAGCCUCGGCGGUGCUAUUUUGUCGACCCCAAAUGUUGUCAUUUCAAUACCACAAGAGCGUUUAAAUGCAGCUCCCCGCCAAGCUAUGAAUUUCACGUUUGUCAAGUCGAGCCUUACUUUCUUCCUGUCAGUAAGCACAUUGCAGAACUCUAUAAAACACGGCUGCAAAACUGACAUGUCAACGCGCGGCCACAGUUCCUAACGCGUUGUGGUUUUAAUCGCUAGCUGCAGGGACUGCUUCGGUGAAAGGUGCCUUCCCAGUUGAUAUGUUUUUAGCAAUAAGUGCUUGGUUUCUUUAGCUUCACGCUGCCAGUAAUAUAACUUUUUGACUUGUACUGAAUGAGUUUAUUGCGGCCUGUAAUAAUAACAAAAGCGCAAUAACAUUUGAAAGGGCUGAACCAAUGUGCAUGGAAGUGCAUAGUGUUGAAUGUAGGUGCACAAUUACACAAACUGUGGUCAUUUUGUUCCCUUCCUCACCCUUGAACGUGUCCUGAUUUCACUCGAAACAAUACGAUGGAAGUGGAACAUAAACCCUGUGGGCUCUCUUGUUGUCUGUUGUCCCAGAGCCGUACGCUUUUACACUGGGAACUUGAUCUGUAGAAAUCUGUAAUUGUUUUAUAUAUAACAAAGCAUAUUUGUAUAAAUGAACUAACAGUGAGAUAUGACAUUAAAUUAUGCUAAAUAAAACGGUGGUUGAAACCA